AUGAAACAGUUAUUAUUAUUUAUUUGUUUAUUAUUAUCAUAUGUAUCUAUAUCAUAUUCAUUAAAACAUCAUCUAAAGAUAGAGAAUGAUCGACGUCAAUCAUUCUUGAUUGAAGGUUUUGGUUUUUCAAGUGGAGGUGUAUUAAAUGCAAGCGUAUCAAAUUGGAUUGUAAAUGGUAUACCAAGUACAAAGAAUGAUAAUACAGCAUUUGUUAUUAAAAUAUCAGAUACAGAUGGUACACUUUAUCUAGAGGAUAUUGAUUAUCAAAACUGUUCAAUCCCAGAUAUCUAUUUCACAAACUCUUCAGAAGAAAACCCUUUUUCAUUUGUCAUCAACAUUGCAAAUGAUCCAAAAAAGUAUCCAGAAGGUUUCUAUAACUUAUUUUUUGUAAAUUGUAAAGCUGUACCUGUUUCUUUUACUUUGGAUCUUGUAGAAUAUAAUAUCGAUUCAAAUGGUAAUAUUAAUUAUCUUUCAGUUGGUGAUAAUCCAUUACCAACAGUUUAUGGUUUAUUUUCCAUCAUCUUUGCUGUAUUAUUGGUUUUAUGGAUUUUUGUUUUCCUUAGAGGUGAAGGAAAAAGAGUAAACAAAAUUCAUCAUUUAUGUUCAGUUUAUUUGGUUUUACAAGCUGUUGAAUUAUUAUUUAGAUCUAUUGAAAUGCAUUAUAUUAAAACAACAGGUAGUGCAAAUGGAUGGGAUAUUGCAUAUUAUAUUUUUGCAUGUCUUCAAGGAUCAUUCUUUAUAGUGUUGAUUGCAUUGAUUGGUACUGGAUGGACAUUUAUCAAACCAUUCCUUUCAGACAAGGAUAAAACCAUUUUCAUGAUUGUCAUUCCACUUCAAAUCCUCGACAAUAUCGCUUUGAUUAUGAUUGAUGAAAGAGCACCAGGAUCUGAAAGUUGGGUCAGUUGGAAACAUAUCUUUACAGUUGUUGAUAUCAUUUGUUGUGGUGCCAUUAUAGUUCCAAUUAUUUGGUCAAUUAAUCAUUUAAAAGAUGCUGCUUCUGCUGAUGAUAAAGCUGCAAAAAGUUUAGCAAAAUUACAAUUAUUUAGACAAUUUUAUGUAUUUGUUAUUUCCUAUGUCUAUUUUACACGUAUUGUUGUAUUCUUGGUAAAAGCAAGUUUAGAAUUCCAUUUGAUAUGGCUUGGUGACUUUUCUACACUCGUUGCCUCUUUGGUUUUCUAUUCAGCAACUGGAUAUCAAUUCAGACCAUCAUUGGAUAAUCCUUAUUUCAAUGUUCCAGCAGAUGAUGAUUUAGAAGCUGCAGGAAUUCAAUUAUCAAGUUUACGUGAUGAUGAUGAUGACUAA